AUGGAUUGGUUCGGUGAAAAACGACUUUGGUUAUUUGGAAAUCAUUUGCCAUUAUUACCGAGACGAUCACGUGGAUCAAGUAGAAUGGAUCGUUAUGAGAAAUUGAGUCGUUUGGGCGAAGGAUCUUAUGGAGUCGUUUACAAAUGUCGAGAUCGGGAAACGAAUCAACUUGUCGCUGUGAAGAGAUUCGUUGAAAGUGAAGAUGAUCCAGCGAUUCGGAAAAUUGCCCUCAGAGAAGUUCGGAUGUUGAAGAAUUUGAAACAUCAGAAUCUCGUUUGCCUUUUAGAAGUUUUCCGUAGAAAACGACGCCUUCAUCUCGUUUUCGAGUUUUGCGAACAUACAGUGUUACAUGAACUUGAAAGACAUCCGCAAGGAGUUCCCGACAAUCUAACCAAACAAAUUGUGUAUCAAACGCUUCUUGGCGUCGCCUAUAUUCAUCGUCAAGGCGUCGUGCAUCGAGAUAUAAAGCCUGAAAAUAUCCUGUUAACAGCAAAAGGUCAAGUAAAGCUCUGUGAUUUUGGGUUUGCGCGAAUGUUGAGUCCCGGCGAGAAUUAUACGGAUUAUGUAGCGACACGAUGGUAUCGAGCGCCUGAACUGCUCGUUGGAGAUACGAAUUAUGGGACGCCUGUCGAUGUUUGGGCCAUUGGAUGUGUGUUUGCGGAACUCGUGAGAGGCGAUGCACUUUGGCCCGGGCGUUCAGAUGUCGAUCAAUUGUAUCUUAUUCGACGCACUCUCGGAGAUCUUUUACCGCGACACUUAGCUAUCUUUAGUAAUAAUGAAUUUUUCAAGGGCAUACAAUUACCUGUUCCUCCAACUCUUGAACCUUUAGAAACAAAAAUGCCGAAUCGAGCUUUAUCGAAUCCAUUGAUGAUGGAUUUUCUCAAGAAAUGCCUCCAUAUUGAUCCUGUGAAGCGUCAAACGUGCGAAAGACUCGUGCAGCAUGCUUAUUUCGAAGAUUACAUUGCGAAACAGAAGGAAAUGGAAGCAGAUAUUUACGCAGAAUCACGCAAGGAGAAACAAAAAAUGUCUGCGCUGACAUCGUUACCGCAACUUCCGUCGACAAUGGAGUCAAAGAUGCCGAUGAAUAACAAAAAUAACAAUUACACGAGGGGCGAUCAUCAUCUUCCAACCAUCUAACUGAAAUUUCCGUCGCCGUAAAUUUCGUUUUUUGAUUGUGUGUUGUUAAGACUCUCUCAAUUCUUUCGUGGAAAUCAAUCAAAAAAAAUUAUCUAAGCACUCACU